UCAUCAUACACAUUCUCUUCAUUUUCUCUUUUGUCUUCGGUCCUUUACAAAACAAGUACACAUUUUUGAUGAGGCGCAACAAACAUCGAACCCUUCCUUGUUCUGCUCUAUUGAAUAUAGAAUAUGUUCCUAGUUCUUGUCCUAUGUUGAGACAUGUUAUCUAUGGUAGAAACGUGAACUUAUGGUGCGGCACCAGUUCGUCGGGCACGUGUUCGUGACGUAAUCACGAGGUACAAUCAGUUGAUAGAUAACGUGACCAAUUUUAGCCGGCGAGAAGGACUGAUUUGAUACUGGAGUUCAGGAGUUCUAUAACCUACCUUAUUUUUAUUCCUAGAUUAAUUUAUUUUCAUUUACUUUUACUACAGCGUAAGGUCAGUACGUGUUCUCAAAUUCUUACUUUACACCUUGCUUUUUGUGAGCACUUGUUUAAUGUCUCACUAUUCAGGGCUAAGCCAAGUACCAAAGUUUUUACCCCACUUCUCAAAACCACGUUGUACAUUUGUUUGGUGUUCACCACAACAGUGUUACAAAUUACAAUGUUUAUUGUUGUCCUGAUCGUACUGUCCUGCCUCCCCCCUACACUGCCAUAUAAGGACUUCUCAACCCACACCCCGUACGAAUAUUCUCGAGGUGACAUAACUAAAGUUCAAUGGAGUGAUCAACUGGUCCCAACUAGGUUUUAUCUUAUUGCUAGACACGGCAGUAGACAUCUCGGAGCUAAACAUGUGAUAUUUAUGGAGAAGUUUCUGGACAAAGUUCUACUGGAGGAGGAAAGUUUCAAGAAGCUUCCUUGGCUAAGUACCUGGAAACGUCCAUAUUAUUUUCCGGACUCUCAUCUGGUGCCGCAAGGGAUGUUGGAACAUUAUCGUCUAGCUCAAAGAUACAAAAAGAAGUUUCCUGCCUUCUUCCCGCCUUACUAUCCAACCAAAUAUCAUAUCAGGAGUACCCACAUUCUGAGAACAAGUCAAAGUGCUGCAUCCUUCUUAUUUGGAAUCUUCGAAGGUAUGGGUCCUGUAAAUCAAUUCUCGUUACCUACGAAUUUAUCUACAAAAGGAUUUCAGCCUGUCGGACUUGAGAUCGAAAGUGCGGAUGAAGAUGAACUUUUACGCUUCAUGGACAAUUGUCCCGCUUAUACAAACUGUCCUAUGACUAAGAAUUCAAAAUUGGAAAUAACUAAACUUCACGAAUCAGAGAAGUACAAGAAGUUAGUCCUAGAUCCAAUAUCCGAGCGGGCAGGUUUCUCAUUAACAGUAGAGGACGUAGAGGGCCUGUACGACCUCUGUAACUUUGAGCACGUCUCUCCAACCGAGUCAAACAACUCCUCUUUCUGUGACCUGAUCCCGAGAUCAGCCUUCGCUCUGUUGGACUACUCACGUGAUCUGAGCAGGUACUACAAAUCCAGUUAUCCUAACAAACUUGGUUACGAACUGUCAUGUGUGGUACUGAAGGAUGUGCUGAGAGAGUUUGAGAGUGAGGAAUCUGCUACCGCCCUGCGCUUCGCUCAUAGUGAGACUAUAGUCCCCCUUAUCACCCUGCUAGGUAUCAACAAGGAUCAGGAUAUUAUCUACACUUGGGAUAAGGAGGAGUUCUGGAAUAGAACAACAAAGCUGAGCGAGCUAGACCCUUUUGCAACUAAUAUGGGGUUCGUUGUCUUUAGGAACUCAUCAUCAGAACAGGAUAUUAUCAAGAUAUAUUUGAAUGAGAGAGAAGUAAAGAUAACGGCGUGUGCAUCAUCAGAGGAGGGGUGUACGAGAGAUGAGCUACUUGACAUUGUCCGGGGCACUCUGGGACAGUGUGACCGAUCUGCUAUGUGUUUCGGAACUAAUACCACAAACGAUGACGUCAUCAUUUCUACAGUGGAUGACGUCAUUGUCUCUACAAGAGAUAACGAGAAUGAUAAUGUACAACCGAUGAAUGAGUCCACUUCAUUGACCUCUCAAUGUAUCUCGGAGAAGAAUGUGGAUUUGGCGGUGGCGGCAAAACUAGCUGACGAAAACAAAGUCCUGUUGGACUUUAACCUGUUUGUAAUAAUGACAGGUCUUAGUGGACUGUGUAUAGUGUUGAUGGGACUUGUUGCUUUUAACUGCAAGAAAAUUAUUUCUGAUGAUGUCGAUAGUGGCUACCAGAAAAUGCCUUUCUUAGAUUCUUGAUGAUUUAUUCUUGAUGAUUGUUAUAAAUAUUUUUUGAAUCAACAUUGUAAUAUUUAAG